AUGGGGCGCUGGACCGAGGCGGCGGCGGCGGGCGGCGGCGCUUCGGCUGCGAGCUCGGCAGGGCCCCCGUGCACUCCCCUUCCCCUCCCGGCCUCCUCCCCCGGCGGCGCGGCCACCAUGGCGUUCAGCGAGGAGGACGGCUCCAACGGCGGCGCCUCGGAGGCCAGCGAGGAGAGGGAGGCCCCCGGCCGGAGGAGGCGGCUGGGCUGGGCGGCCACCGCCUGGCUCACCUUCUACAACAUCGCCAUGACCGCGGGGUGGUUGGUUCUAGCUAUUACCAUGGUGCGUUUUUAUAUGGAAAAAGGAACACACAAAGGUUUAUAUAAAAGUAUUCAGAAGACACUUAAAUUUUUCCAGACAUUUGCCUUGCUUGAGAUAGUCCACUGUUUAAUUGGAAUUGUACCUACUUCUGUGCUUGUGGCUGGGGUCCAAGUCAGUUCCAGAAUCUUUAUGGUGUGGCUCAUUACUCAUAGCAUAAAACCAAUCCAGAAUGAGGAGAGUGUGGUGCUUUUUCUGGUCGCGUGGACUGUGACAGAGAUUACUCGCUAUUCCUUCUACACAUUCAGUCUUCUCAACCACUUGCCAUACUUCAUUAAAUGGGCCAGAUAUAAUUUUUUUAUCAUCUUAUAUCCUAUUGGAGUUGCCGGUGAACUUCUCACAAUAUACGCUGCCUUACCACAUGUGAAGAAAAGUGGAAUGUAUUCAAUAAGACUUCCUAAUAAAUACAAUAUCUCUUUUGACUACUAUUAUUUUCUUCUUAUAACCAUGGCCUCAUAUAUACCAUUGUUUCCACAGCUCUAUUUUUACAUGUUACGUCAAAGAAGAAAGGUGCUUCAUGGAGAGGUGAUUGUAGAAAAGGAUGAUUAA